CUGCCAUCGCAAGACCAAAGGAGGGGAUUUGAUGUUGGUCCAUUAUGAGGGCUACUUAGAACAGGACGGCUCCCUGUUUCACUCCACUCUCAGGACCAAGAACCUGUGUGGAUUUUGGUAGUAGCCAUGGGAUAUUACUUAACCAGUUUUCUAUCAGUGUUGUAACUCCUGGUGAGGGGACUUUUGUCAAGACUUGCUACUUCUGAGUAUCAUGAAGACAUACCAUCAAAGGAUAAGUCUGUAAAGCAUGUUUGCUUUUUCUAGAACCAUAGUCUUAAUAAGUUGUGUGUCAAAAUGUGGUUAGUGCUGGGUAGUAGAUUAUUUCUUCCUUCUUUAUUCUUUUCUAGCCUUUCCAAAUUUUCUAAAGUUGGCAUUUUAUUACUUUGUGUGUGGGGAAAUGAAUAAAAGGAGGGAGGAAUGGCAAUUCCUCAACUUUCAUAACCAUGCUACCCAUAAACCUAGUAGAAUAACUUCUUAUUCUCAGCCAUAAGAUAGCCUUGAAUAGGACAACACUUUUCUUCUAACACCAAAAGGGCGCUAACUGGGGCUCAGAUGCUACUCAGCCCUCCACCCUCAACUCAGCAGUUCAGCAGGUUGGAUUUCUUAGACUGGUCCUCAUUAGUUCAUAUGUCAGGACUUUGUGUGUAAAUAAAAAAUAGCUAUUUUCAUUAACUUUCAAGCUAAUAAAUUUUAACAAUUACUGGUGGAAAGUAUGCCACAGCAAUUAAAAAAUUAAGUAAAUUACUAAAGAGUUCUAAUGUGUAGAAUGCUUGCCUAGCAUGUAUGAGGCCCUGACUUUGAUCCCCAGCACCACACACACACACACACACACACAAAGUACUAAUGUGUUUUCUUUCUAUCGUAGUCACAAACAUAACAAUGGUCAGCCCAUUUGGUUUACUCUGGGCAUCCUGGAAGCUCUCAAAGGCUGGGACCAGGGAUUAAAGGGAAUGUGUGUAGGAGAGAAGAGAAAACUCAUCAUUCCUCCUGCUCUGGGCUAUGGAAAAGAAGGAAAAGGUAAAAUUCCUCCAGAGAGUACACUGAUAUUCAACAUCGAUCUCCUGGAGAUUCGAAAUGGACCAAGAUCCCAUGAGUCAUUCCAAGAAAUGGAUCUCAAUGAUGACUGGAAGCUGUCUAAGCAUGAGGUUAAAGUGUAUUUAAAGAAGGAGUUUGAAAAGCAUGGUGCGGUGGUGAACGAAAGUCAUCAUGAUGUCUUGGUGGAGGAUAUUUUUGAUAAAGAAGAUGAAGACAAAGAUGGAUAUAUUUCUGCCAGAGAAUUUACAUAUAAACAUGAUGAGCUAUAGAUAUGACUGCCCAUUUUAUAGAGCACCCAUCUUUAAAGUGAAGGCAAUCAUCUUUAAAGAAAGUUUUAUUUUUUAACAAUGUUCAGUUAUUGCUUUGUUUUUUAAUUUUUAUAUUAUUUUUCUGACUUAUUUAAAGAACCGCUUAGGGUUUAUAAGCACCCAUUUCUUUCUGGUAAGUUAUUGGGAAGAAACAAUUUAUCUUUGAGUAGAAAACUUCUGGGCUGUUUACCACUUUUAUGUAUGAAUCCUUGUGUUACUUGCUUACUUGGAAUUUUAAAAUACAGCAAGCAGAAAUGUCCCACAACAUGAGAUCAGGUUGUAGCAGAAAUCAGCAUCCUGUAUUUCUGCUUCCCUCUGUUUUCUGAAAGUUAAAUACUGAUAUGUUGGAAAAGCCUUUUUGCAGCAACCCAAAGCUUGCUAUUUUCAUGUUCUAAUGAAACAGUUUUGUCUUUAAUUGUCUUUGAGUAUCUGCUUGAGGACAGGAGGAAGAUAGUGAACUUUAUUCUUCCACAGCUACUGCUUUACUAAAAGAGAUGUGCAACGCUGAAUGAGUGACUGAGUUCAAUAAGGUCCGGACACGUUGCAUGGAAACGUCCUGCCCAGGAUGUACAAUACAUUAAGUUUGGCUCCUAGUGACUAAUAGCCUAUUGUGCUAAA